AUGCUGCAUCAUCCCUUCAGACUUCUCCUAUCGAUCUUUUUAGGGCUGGCGGCCUUGACCCAGUUGGUGCUCAGUGCACCGACGAAGGGUGUAACCGAAGAUACCAAAGUACUCGGUCUCAAAGCCGCGAACUUCGAAAGUAAAGCGCGUGUAUUAUUAUAUUCAUCGGACAAACAGACUGCCUGGGGCCGGUUCCCUGAAUACAGAAACAAGGCAGACACCCAGGAAAUUAUCAAUGCCGUGAAGGAAGUCGCUCUUGCGGGAUAUGGAUAUUUCUCCGGGACAUCAGGAUAUUUCAAAACCAAUCUCGUCGCUGCCAUGUAUGAUGAUCAAAACGGGAUUUUUUUCUCGACCAUUCCCCAUGGAAAGUACGUGGAGGAGCUAGAUGGGGAUAUCAAAAAGGCAAGAGAGUGGAGAGCAAAGAGGCAACAGCUCAGGCAAGAGUGCAAGCCAGAGGACAAGGUUUUUGAAGAGUCCAACAGCUUGAAGCCAAAUGCACCCGGCUGGGCCACAGCGGCGGGACAGAAGAAAUACAAACCUCAUGCUGAGGACGGCGUCUUAUAUUAUUAUGAGAAGGCAACGGGGACCAGGACCUCUGAAGUUGCCGAGCGGAAAGAAACGGAAUGCUGGUGGCUAAACAGCCCGAAGACCUACAUGUCUGUCUUUGGAUUGAUGCCAGGCGAACAUAUUGCCAAAUUCCACCUGGCUUGUGGAGAGGACAAUAACAACCUUUCUUGCGAGGCCAUGCUUCAGCACUUCCGUAUUCAGCAGGCACCAACGGCUCCACUCACUCGCCGAUCUAUGGGUGAAAUCGAAGCACGAGCAGCCGCAAAAUCAAAACAACAUGAGGACCAGGACCUCAAAUGCAAGCAGAAAAAAGACGAAUUGUGA